AUGAAUGACUUUGCCCGCUGGGUGGAGAAGCACCUGGAUGUGCCCUACUUGGAUGUCAGCAUCGACGUCGACGAGCCGGACUUCCAGCCGCUGCUGGACGAAGUUGCUCCUGGCGUUGACAAGUCCAAGCUGUACCACAAGCGCAUGACAGAUGGUAUCACGAAUGUCGUGCUGAAAUGCCAAGUUGAUGUCCCUCUGGACGAUCACACACUCUCUUCGCCAUUCCUCAUACGCAUCUACGGCUCAGCAACAGAGAUGUUUAUUGACCGUAAACAAGAGAUGUUGAACCACAAACGCUUGCACGCCAUUGGACGCGCCCAACCCAUCUUCGCCGUCCUCAAGAAUGGGUACGCAUACGGGUAUUGUCCGGGUCGCCCUGCCAGCCUCAGCGACUUUUCGUCGCCUGCCAUCUCCUCACACAUCGCAAAAAGCCUUGGCGAAAUCCACCGCCGUGUACACGUGCCGGCACACGAGAAGCCACGCAUGUUCUCCCAAAUUCGCUCCUGGCUCGACAACGUUCCGGAGAGCUAUUCAACCGCAGAGAAGACUGCGCGCUUACGCAAACACGUCGACAUGGCGAGCCUAAGGAAAACGCUUGCCCACUUGGAGGAUGUGGUGUGCGCGCGGGACCCAGAGACGUGCUUCUGCCACAAUGACCUUCUCUGUCACAACGUCAUCAUCGCUCACGACAGCAAGGGAACAGAUGUGCAAUUCAUCGACUAUGAGUAUGGUGGCGUGAAUUAUUGCGCCUAUGAUAUUGCCAACCAUUUCAACGAAUUUGCAGGCCUGGAUGUUGAGACGAUUGAUUAUUCGCGCUGUCCCGGCGAGGACUUUCGGCGCCAGUGGGUCACGGCAUACCUGCAUGCUCGCGAUGACGAUGCAACCGAAACACAUGUGAACCGUUUGCUCAAGGACAUCUCCAUCUUCACACACGUUUCCCACCUCUACUGGGGCGCCUGGGCUCUGGUGCAAGCGGCUGUAUCCGAGAUUGACUUUGACUAUCUGUCAUAUGCACUCGUUCGACUUGAUCAAGUCCCGCCAGUCAUUCAAGACACAGCCAUCAAAGGAUAA